AUGGAAGAUAUUAAGACAACUAUUCCACAGAACUAUAAAAUCGCGCCUGAAAAAAUUUUACCAACACAGCAAUUUUUUGCUGUGGAAUAUCCUGGCAAUGUUAUAAAUAUAGAUAAAGCGCUACAAACUCUUGGAGGGCAAAGAGGACUAAAGAAGGCAGUAAACGAAGACUUAUUAGAACUUCGUUUCAGGCCGGAUAAUCCUUUUUGUCAUCCUAUUAAUGGAGACAUAAUUCCAACUGCGAAUCUUUUACUUAAAGUAACACGUCGACGUAAAAAAGUCAAAAAUCAUCAUAUGCGACGCGAUUCUGAUGACCAUGAUGAAGAAUCGGACAAAGACAUCAAUUUUGAAAUUAUGGGAAUUAUCAGUAAGACCUGUCGCUUUCGAGGAAUGGCAGAUUACCAAUAUGUCCCAAAUCCAAACGAUUCUGUUCCAAGAUAUAGAAAAGCACUAGAAAAUUUUGAUAUCGAUACAAUUAUGGAUUUCGAAUCUUUACUAAAUGAUAAAAGAGAUGAAGAUAAUUUACCACUACCAUCUUUUUCGCGUAUUGAGUGUCCUAUGGAAUAUGGCUAUCGACAGAAUAUGGCAGUGGUUAAAGUUUUGGUUCAAAAGGGAGAAGGAGAGGCACCUGCCCUUAAGCUGAUUAAUAGAAGUCGUAGGAAGAAAUUUGGGCCACCACCAGAUGCUAUAAAACCUGCGCAUCAACCUCCUCCGGAAAGUGUCGCGCGAAUUCAAAAGCUAUUCGCAGAAAGACCAAUAUGGACAAGACUGGCAUUGAUGAAUAAUUUGCCAGUUUGUGAUCGGAGAUCCAUCAAAAUGUUAUUGCCAAUGGUCGCAUAUUUAAUGUUAAAUGGUCCUUGGCGAGAUUGUUGGAUGCGUUAUGGAUAUGAUCCACGAAAAAAUAAGGAGGCAAGAUUGUAUGUGAAUUAUAGUGCGCUAUGUGCUUUUCAUACUGACUAUCAUAACAAGCAAUCUUACAUGGAUUCUUAUAGUUAUCAAGUGACAGACAUUCGGAAUAAUAGACGACCUGUUCGACUUGAAAGAGCAAAACGUUUACUUCGUGUGCAGGCUGAUUUAGCGACUGAAAUGGAUGAAUUAUCACUGUUACCUGAAAAUUAUAUAAAAACAACUCAUAUUUUUGAUGGUAAAACCGCAGAGCGAGAUAUUGCGAUUUUUCAACUUUGUGAUAUAACAGACCCGUUAAUGAGAAGUCUUAUUGACUCUUCUGAUUCCGUACAAGAUAUUUGUACCGAACGAGAUGGCCAUUAUAAAAGAAGUGUGGUAUUAAAAAUGCGUAAGAUAAUGAGGAAAAAAUUUAAGGCAUUGCUCGAAGGUGUAAAAGAACAAGUUGAAGGUGAAUUAAUGCAAGACGAAGAAGGAAAUUUAUACGAACUCGAUGAAUUGAAUGAAUAUGAUGAUAUAUUUGGAGACAAUGACAGCGAAUUUACUGAAGAUGAAGUUGAUUAA